UACGAGAAAACAAAGCGGCGAAAAUACUGUAAAAGUGAAUUGAAAUUUAUUAUUGAAUUAAAUCAAAUCUCUGGGAUUUUUUCAACAGUCAAAAUAAGAAGAAUAUACUAUGAACACGUAAAAAACAAGACCUUUCCAUCAAUACUAACCGAAUUGAUUUUUACACUGAAGUGUAAAAAAUAUUUAAGACCUCAUCUUGAAAAAAGCAAGCUAAAAUGAGUUACAAUUACAAGGAGCAUGCCAUGGCUUUUGCUCAGUUUUUGCCAAAUAUGGUCAAAUUGGACGAAUUACAAAAAAUUACCCAAAAUUUUGAUCAAGAACUUGCUGAAUCGCAAAAGAUUAUGAAAGAGAUCAAAACUAUGUUUGAUGCUGCAUCCCAAGUAAACGUUGCACAAGUGAACAAGAAACAGGAUAAUAUUGUGACGCAUACGAUUACUACGGAAUUUCUGGGCGCAAGUGUUCCGAAUUUGAUCAUGUCAGACAUGGAAAAUGUAAGCGGCCAUCUAAGUUCCGAAGAGGAACUGCAAUCUCUGAUAGCGAUUAUGAAAAAUUAUGCUGAAAAUCUCAGAAACGAAAUUGCAAGAUUGCCAUCACAAACCUUUGGAAAUGCAAAAGAAUUCGAAAAGUUAGAUCUGAAGGAAUAUGCCAUAAAUUUUGACCAACUUGCUAAAAGUCUGGCUAACAUCAAAUUUAAUAAAGGUGUUGUUAACCAUAGAAACCUAGAAUUGGAAGCAAAGUUGGCACAGUUGUGUGAAGAUGUUCAUUCAUUUACUCAGAUGGUUGAAACAAAAACUGCUAUAAGUGAGAGCAACAAAAAUUGGACAGAUAAUCAACAAGGAAAUGAACAAAGAAACACCCUGUAUUAUGAUGAAACUAUAAACAAAUUACUAAAUGGGAUAAAUGAAGUAACAUAUCUACUAAAAAAUAAACAUUGAAUUUUGCAGAUUUAGACAACUUCUGUCAGAAAAAUAAGUUUAUGAGUAUUAAGUUGAAAGGAGGUAUAGGGGAGGUAUAUAUUAUUCCCAAUGGUCAAAAACAAUAAUCAAUCCUUAAGAUGGGACUGAAUAUUGUUUAAUUUACUUUGUAUAGGAGAUAAGAAAAUUGAUUACCCUUUUUUUAAUCCUUUCAUAUGAUGAUUAAAUAAGCAAAAACAUUUUGAUAAUGAUUAUUCUGUGAUUGCUGUGAAUGUGAAAGUUUGUUUAUUCAAAACAUUCUUUUUAAUAUUUUUUAAGUUCAUACACAUAAAAAAUUCAUGAAAUGGUUUAUUUAAUAAGGUUAAAUUGGUGAAAAUGAACUUUUUAAAUGUUUUGGAAUAAUAAGCUUGGAUAAUUAUCAGAACUACUAACUUACCUAUUAAUCAUGUCUAUAG